AUGAAGCCGUUUCGAAGGAGAUCGGUCCGGGCGACUAUUAUCUCAGCCAUUCUUUUGGGCCAACAUGUACAGGCGAUAACACUUGAUUUGAACAGCACCGACUCGAUCAAAGCGGCCGCCAAAACGAUCGCAGCCGAGAUGGUCUCAUAUUACACGGGCUACAAACCUGGCGAUACGCCUGGAAACCUGCCGUCGCCGUACUACUGGUGGGAAGCUGGAGCCAUGUUCGGGGCAUUGAUUGACUACUAUUACUUUACUGGCGACGACACGUACAACAACAUCACGACCCAGGCCAUGCUUCACCAGGUCGGCACCGACAACGACUUCAUGCCAGCGAAUCAGACCAAGACCGAAGGGAAUGACGACCAAGCAUUUUGGGGCAUGGCUGCUCUCUCGGCGGCCGAGAACAAAUUUCCAGAUCCCCCAUCAGACGAACCGCAGUGGCUGGCGCUGGCACAGGCCGUGUUCAACACGCAGGCGGCCCGAUGGGACAAUUCAUCAUGUGGAGGCGGGCUGAAAUGGCAGAUCUUCUCCUUCAACAACGGAUACAAUUACAAGAACACCAUCUCCAACGGAUGCUUCUUCAACAUGGCCUCCCGUCUGGCCGUGUAUACCGGAAAUCAGACCUAUGCCGACUGGGCGGUGCGGAUGUGGGACUGGUGCUCCGCCAUUGGCCUUCGGGACGACAAUUACAACUUCUAUGAUGGCAGCGACGACACCCUGAAUUGUACCGAACUCGACCACCUUCAAUGGACCUACAACGCCGGCACGUUCCUGGUCGGAGCUGCCAACAUGUACAACUAUACAAAUGGCAGUCAGGUAUGGGAGGACCGAUUGAACGGCAUCAUCGGCAACCUGAAGAUCUUUCUGAAGAACGACGUCAUGUACGAACAGGCAUGCGAAACGGUCGGCACAUGCAAUAUCGACCAACGCUCAUUCAAGGCCUAUCUCGCCAGAUGGAUGGCCGCCGCGGCCGUCAAGGCCCCUUUCACCUAUUCUUCUCUCAAGCCGAUCCUGGAAGCCUCUGCAAAGGCGGCCGCCGCCGUCUGCACCGGUGGGUCCAAUGGUACCUCUUGUGGGUUGAAGUGGACAACAGGCUCUUUCGACGGCAGCACGGGCGUCGGCGAACAAAUGUCGGCGCUCGAGGUCAUCCAGUCCAACCUGAUAGACAUCACCUCCGGUCCCGUCACGGAGACCACAGGCGGCACCAGCAAGGGCGAUCCAGACGCCGGAACUUCAAGCGACAUAGGUCCAUCGGACCUGAAUCAAGAGGAAGUCACCACGACCGACAAGGCUGGCGCCGCCAUCAUGACUGUUCUGAUCGCCUUUUUCGUUGUCGGUGGCGCCUGGUGGAUCAUAAUCUGA